GUCACUGGUUAAUAACACACAGUAUUGUGCACCAAUCUCUCCCUACACUCACGGAUCAGAGUAGCUACUCUGUCCAAUCCACCGUGAACGUUAAUUAGAGCUUAAAUUAUCAAAUUUUUUUUGUUUUUUUUUGUUUUUUCUUAUAAACCUUGUUUUCUUGUUACUAUCGAGUUUAUUACUUGCGUUCAAUUUCAAAAAAAUUUCAUUUCAAACCCUUCCAAAAGCAACACAGAAUUCUCAGUACAGAAAGAACCAAAAAAAAAAAACCCACCAAUCCCAUCGUUUCAAAUUCCACUCUCAUCAAAAUCUCAACCCCAACCAACCAAAACAAAAUUCCGACAAAUUUCAAACCUCAAUUUGUCCGAAACAAAGAAUCAAAACCUCGUCAAAAUGCAAGACUCGAACACACAACCGCCUCGUUCUUCUUUGUCCGAGGCUGCCCUGGACUCGUCGCCUCUCCUCGGCCACUCCAUAACCGACAGCCUAAUCCGUAGCCGCCGGUUCAUCCGCCGCACACCGCCGCCUCUGAGAGGCGCCGCUCGGCUCCUCCGCCGGGCGAGCGGGCGGCGAAUGAUGCUCCGGGAGCCGUCGGUUCGGGUGAGGGAGAACGCGGCGGAGCAGUUGGAGGAGAGGCAGAGCGACUGGGCGUACUCGAAGCCGGUUUUGGUUUUGGAUAUGCUUUGGAACUUUGCGUUUAUUGGGGUCGGGUUGGUGUUGUUGGGGCUGAGCGUGGAGGAGAGGCCGACUGUGCCGUUGAGGGUGUGGGUUGUUGGAUACGUGGUGCAAUGUUUGUUUCAUAUGGGGUGUGUGAUCGUUGAGUAUAAGAAACGAUGCGAGGCGCGUUUGAUGGGAUUGGAAGGAAGUGGGGUUUGGGAAAGUGGUGCGGAUUUGAAUUUGAAUUCGAGUUCCACUUCUGGGUCUGGUAGUGAUGGUGAAGAUUAUGGGAUUGAGAAUCGACAGGCUGAGGAAGAAACCAGUGUUGUUAAGCAUCUCGAGUCAGCAAAUACGAUGUUUUCAUUUAUCUGGUGGAUCGUUGGAUUCUACUGGGUAACCGCUGGAGGUCAAACUUUGACACAUGAUUCGCCUCAGCUUUACUGGCUUUGUAUUACAUUUCUUGCAUUCGAUGUUGUCUUUGUUUUGAUAUGUGUCGCCGUUGCAUGUCUCGUUGGAAUUGCUGUUUGCUGCUGUCUACCAUGCAUAAUCACAAUCUUGUAUGUUGUGACGGAUCAGGAGGGAGCAACAGAGGAGGAAAUUGAUCAAUUCCCAAAGUACAAAUUCCGAAGCAUAAGUGAUUUUGAGAAAGUUAAUGGUGAGAUUCAAGAAUCUUUUGGAGGAAUGAUGAUUGAGUGCGACACAGAUACUCCCAUUGAACGUGUUUUGUCCCAAGAGGAUGCUGAAUGUUGCAUUUGCCUUUCUUCCUAUGACGAUGGAACUGAACUGCGUGAACUCCCUUGCAAUCACCAUUUCCACUGCAUUUGCAUUGACAAAUGGUUACGCAUCAAUGCCACCUGCCCUCUUUGCAAAUUCAACAUUUUGAAGCCUGUCAACCAAAGUGGUAGUGAGGAUGUAUAGAAAACAAGCUUCUCAAUCAAGUGCUGAUCAGAUCCAUCAUUUAUAGCAUGAGCAUGUGCGUGUAUCUCGUGCACACUUGGCGUGCUGUUACGCAUCCUUGACCUUACUUGCUGUAAGUGACCUUACUUGCUAAUGUAUCUUCUAUGUAUUGGUGUAUAUGAGUUUUUAUAUAUAUGUUAUGUAUAAACAGUCUAGUAUGUUUCCACGAUAAUUGUAAAGAUGACAGUUCUUUUGAGUUGUAAUGCUAAAUAUUUUGGAACUUCUUAUAAA